AUGUGCGCGGAGCCGACAUGGAACGACACGGCCAUGAGAAUUGCAGAAGUAGCAGAGAAUAGAGAAGACUGGUUCGACCAGAAAACGGGCAAAAUCAACUGUUUAUCUCAAGAGACAUGGAAUGCCCUCACCGGCGUUUUACCUUUGUCUAAGGACUCUUCUCCCUUCACCGAUUGGGGAUAUGCCUGGGAUGUGUCCAGAAUGAUCCAUAAGGGGAGAAAUGGUGUACACCGAGCAUCCCUGGAGAUAGUACAUGCCUACAAGGACCUCAAUUUUUAA